CGGGAGCUGUUCGUGGCGUUCGCCUGAUGCGGACGGUGUGGCGGCGGCGGGGCAGCCUCGGGGCCUGCGUGGCACGGUGCCCCGUCAGCGGAAGGAGGAAGCGCCAUGGCCGGUGCUGAGGCCUGGGUUGGUUUCACGCAGGAGGAGCUGCGGCGCCUGCAGCAAGAUUUAUCUGAAUCCCCGGAGCAGCCGCGUCGUCCCCACUCUGCAAAUAAGAAUUGGAAGCAAUUGCAGCGAGAAAAGGCCCUCCAGCAGCAAUGCCAGAAGCUGGGACUGCAGGGUGGAGCGGCCUCUGUUCCUCCUGAGCAGUUGCUGUCUGUACCAAAACAUAAACCUUGUAAUCCUCAGCAGCCCGUGCCACCACCGCAUCGUCCUUCAGCAGAUCAAAGGCAACGUGACAGCAGAGAUCAGCAGAAAGAACCAAAGCCAGCAGGUCCUUGUAAUGGCAGCGACAAUGCCCAGAGUCUCCCUCCAAAGCCGAGCACCAAAGUGGAGAAAAAGAAAGUGGAAUUGUUAAGCAGGCAGGAAAAGUCACGGUGGGAGAUCCUCCAGCAAGAGCAGCGGCUGAUAGAAGAGAAGAAUAAACGCAAGAAGGCACUUCUGGCCAAAGCUAUUGCUGAGAGAUCCAAAAGAACUCAAGCUGAAACGGUGAAGCUAAAAAGGAUUCAGAAGGAGUUACAAGCUUUAGAUGACAUGGUAUCUGCUGACAUCGGCAUCCUGCGGAACCGCAUUGAUCAAGCCAGCCUCGACUACUCCUAUGCCCGGAAGCGGUACGAUAAGGCUGAGUCGGAGUACGUGGCAGCCAAGCUGGACCUCCAGCACAAGACAGAGAUUAAGGAGCACCUCACGGAGCACCUGUGCACCAUCAUACAGCAGAACGAACUCCGCAAGGCCAGGAAGCUGGAGGAGUUAAUGCAGCAGCUGGAAGUGGAGGCAGAUGAGGAAAAUCUGGAACUUGAGAUAGAGGUGGAGCGGAUGCUGCAGCAGCAGGAGGCAGAAGCAGGGAGACAAGCCAGCCAGUCGCACAGUCGUGCUGGAACAGCUAAGGAAAACUCGGCUCCCACUGUUACAACAAAGGAGAGCGAGCGUGCUAACAGUGCUGUUGCUUCUCCUGCUCUCUCUGAACAGUUGGUGCUGUCUGAAAACUCCAGUACCAAAUCCCUCUCCAGUGUGGACAACCAGACUCGGGCAGUAAAUGUGACUCCAGGAGACUCCCCAGCUUGCUCUGAUACAUGACUACUGCUUUCAGACAAGCCAGCUGGUUACGGAUGCCAUACCCUCUGCAGGCUUGUGGGCUGUGUGUUAUCUCUGGGCUUCUGCGGUGCCAGUAAUAUGCACUUCAUUUUAGAGGAUUUUUUUUUUUUUUUUAAGGAAGACCUCUUUUUGGGUUCACCGUCUGUCCUUAUCAUUCUGUUUUCUUAGGUUCACAUUCUAAUGCCCAGCUCUUCGUGGGGUUUUGUACCUUCCUGACAUAAGACACUCAGAGGCAAACAGUAGGGUUUCUCCAAAGGCUUUUCUGCAUAUCAGUAUCUCAGAUUCCUGUUCCAAAUAGUAUGCAAGAAAUACGUAUCUACAGGAGCAAACUUUGUGACUUACUCUGCUUCUAAACACAUUCUGUCCCCUGACAGAUGCAGUGGGGUGUUUAUCUUCCUUUGUAUCCAUAAGGGAUAAGUUUUCAACGGUUUUUAAUCCAGUGAAACCCAAGUGCAUAUUUUAAUUAUCUUCAUAGAUUAAACUGUUUCCUGUACCCAGUUUAAUGAAAAUUCAUGUACUGGGGGAAAUCGCGAAGUUAAUUGUAAUAUUUCAUAUUUAUUGCUUCCUUUUUCUUUGAGAUAGUGCUAGAUCACACAAAGCUCUAUAUUGAUAAUGAAUUGUCUGUGAACUCACAGCAGCUAUGAUUUAACAGAAAUCACGGGUGACAAUUUAAGACAUGGCAGAAUGUAUGACAUAGAAACAGGGAAAACAGAGUUACGAUUAAAACUAUUCCAUUAUAAACAUUUUCCUCUCUCAUUGUUGCCUCAGAAUGCUAAUAAUCAGCGGGGACCUUGUAAUGAAUAAUUCCUACAGUGUAUUGAAGUUGAGCCCAUUUUCCUGUAACGAUAAAUGCAUUCUGUUGCCUGAAGAGUGGGUUUGUACCCCACAAGAAGUUGAGCUAUUUUCCUCUGUUGCUGUUGAAAGGCUUUAGAAAACUCUUCCAGGUGGAGAAAGUCUCAGGCAUUAAAAUAGAGGACAUUUGAAAGCCUCCAGUAGAGACUGAUGCAGCUGCAAACCUUGGGGACACUGUUCAUAGCAAUCCACUUUGUAACAGAGGAAGGCUGCUUUCAUUGUGGAAAUGUUUUCUGUAAUACCUGACCUGAACGUGUCAGAGUUUAUGAAUGAGUUACUGAACGAUGCCAUCAAGUAUAUAAAUGGGACACCAAUUGUCUCUGUGUCUUUAAUAGUGGAAAAAAAUAUGUCACUACAUUUCAUUUUUAUUCUAUUAAUAAAUCGGUGCAUCUUCUAC